UGUGGCAUAUGAUGGGAAAGAAACACACCAUGAAAUCAAGCAGAGGUUUGGUGGCUGAUGGUGGUUUGAGAGAGAGAUUUACAUUUAAUCCUAAAGAGGGAAUAGACAACCCAGUGAUGGUCAUCACAGAUGAUGCAGACUCUGUGUGGACGCCAAUCCCACGCUCGUGUAUCCUUAAACGUGAGGAUGGCGAGUUCUACGGCUUCCAUCUGCGUGUGGAGAGGGGCCGUCAGGGACACAUAAUUAGAAAUGUGGUGUCAGGUGGGGUCGCAGAGCGUAGCGGCCUUCGAGACGGAGACAGACUGCUAGAAGUUAACAACUGCUAUAUUGAUGAUGUUCCUCACCCUGAGGUGGCUAGGAAGAUAAAGAUAAGCGGACACCAGUUGUGUUUAUUAGUGCUGGAUGGAGAGGAUUAUGAACGGGCUGUGUCCCGAGGUCAGGACCUGAAGCGUCUGGCCCACAUGGAUGAGAGCUGCAAACCACCCAGGCUUUGUCACAUCACCAGGGAUCCUGUUUCAGGUCUGGGCAUCACCGUUACUCCUUUGGAAGGAGAGAAAGGUCGCUUUGUAGUGAACCCAGUGGCAGGAGGAGCAGCUGAAAAGGCAGCGGUGUGCAAGGGAGAUCGCCUGGUGUGGAUAAAUGGAGCGAUGGUGUCCGAUCUCACACACUCUGCGCUCAGCAAAAUGAUGAAGAAAUGUGGUGAUCACAUCACCAUCUUAGUGAUCGACAGUGAGACUGAAAAGAAGUACACGCAAAGGAGGCUCCCCAUCCUGCCCACCAUGGCUACCCCUCAUCAGCUACCUUAUAGAGCUCGAACACUCCACCUGAUCUCUGUGUCUGAGAGCUUUGGUUUUCUUCUACGGCUGGAGAAAGCGCCAUCAGGACGCACAUAUCACAUUCUGCGUGAAAUGACCAGAGGCAGUCCUGCAGAGAGGGCGGGUGUGAGGGAUGGAGAGCUGCUGCUGGAGGUCAACGGCGAGUCAGUGGAGUCACUGAAGCAUGAGGAGGUUGUGGACAGAGUGAAGCUGAGCGGACGAGAGGUCUAUCUCACCACCAUCACUCCCAAGGGGCUAGAGUUUUAUACACAGCUGGGUCUGUCUCCGCUUCUUUUCUGUGAGGAUGAUGCAGCUGAUGAAGGAAAGGAGAGCAGUGUGCCGACUUCUGCAGAGGAGAAUUCACCACCAAAGGAAAUGGAUGUCUCAAGUAAUCUUAGACUCUGCUCUCUCCAGAAAGGCCCUUUGGGAUUUGGUUUUAAAUUAGGCUGCGACCCACAGAGUCCUGGGACUUUCAUCAGUCAGGUUGCUUCUGGGGGUCCUGGGCAGAGUGCUGGACUGCUUGUGGGUGACAUAGUGGAGGAAGUCAAUGGACAAAGCGUGGAAGAAAAACCUCUGGAAGAUGUGACUAUGCUUGUGGAAGAAGGAGGGCAUAUUCUUUCAUUGCUAGUCACACAUAAGACAUGCUACAACAAGAUGGAAAAGACUGAAACACCCAGCAAAGAUGUCACUCGCGCAGAGCAGGAGGAAGAAGAUUACGAGAUAUCAGCUUUGUGAGAGGAACAGAUAUAAAUCUCGGAAGACAUUUCCCAGCACGAUGCUCCCACUCAAGAAUUCCAGGAUUUUAAUCCUUGCCAACAUUUCAAAACACAACUUCACUUAGAUAGGAUGCAAUCAAACUACUUUAAUGCUACUUUGUUAAACAACAUGUGACUGAUCAAAUUCUCCCAUCACAGGCAAGAUUUUUAAAAGCCUGAAAACAGACCAGAUGCAAGUCCUAGAACUCUCUCAGAUGACAUAACCCUUUAAAGACAUUUGUAUCAUAUUUGAUACAUUUAAUAGUUUUUGUGACUUCUACAUGAUCGGUGUGAUCUUUUCCCCCUGAAAAAGCAAAAUGAAUUACGCAAAACAUUCUUGAGCAAUAAUUAAAAAACCAAAAAGGUGUAGCAAAUAUUAUGCAAUUAAAUCAAUUUCAUCAACACUCCAAUAAAAAAAACAAUGAUGUUCAGGCUUUAUUAAUAACGCUAUGAGGAAAAGAAAUCACACUUCUGUUGUGUGGCUUACCUUUUCAUAACAGCUGAAUUCUCCAGAACAGUCCCACAUAUACAAAAUGCAUAAAAGUAGAAACACAAGUCAAACUACAGUAAUAUGCACAUUUUAUUGUAUUUUUUCUAAAACAACGUUUAUCUGAAAAUGUAAUUUACAUCAGUGACAACACACUUGGAGUGCAGAGGAUGCUUUUUUAGUGCCUAUGUAAUAAAUUGCACAGACAAAGACUUAAAACACAGAAAAUGAAAAUAAUAAUGAAGUUUCCAGUGAUUGUCUCCUUUGAGACUAUAAUUCCCAACUUUGUAUAUCUACAAAAAUUCUUUAGUCUAAAUUUUCAGCUUUCCUCCUUCCAGCUCACUCAUCUUCAUAACGUUUGACGAUGUAGUCGUUAGUUUGUUACAAAGCUGCUACUUUUUUUUUUUUUUAAAGAAAAUAAAAUCCUGGAGACUUUGUUUUGCAGUAAAACACAACAGUAAUCAUUCUUUAACAAAAUAUGAACAUUUUAUUGGCAAAAUGAGCUAUAAGGUGAAAAAGAUCCAAAUGGAAUGUGUCCACAUCAGGAGGCUAGUAUGACUAAUGCAGUUAUUCAUAUAUAUAUGUGUAUAUGUGCUUAAGGAAACACAGAAUAAACCAUACAAAGAAACAAUAUCUUUUAUGUUUUUCUUUAAACAGGACAAAAGGAUAGUGAAACUAAAAUAUGUCUGUUGGUCCCUUUUAACAGGAAGAAACAUCUGUAAGAACCAGGCUCUGGGUGGGGGUGAGGGGAGAGAGGAAAUAAGAAACGAGAAAGUGUUGAUGACAAUCAGCAGUGAUGUCCAAAAACACUGUGAGUGAGACUGAAGCAGAGAAGAAACACUCAGUGCACUGAGCAUCGUCUCAUGAUGCACUGAGCAACAGUCUUAGGCUAUAACAGCAUAACUUAUCCAAUUCUUAUCCAACUGAUCCAUCCAUCAAAGAGGAAAGUUUAGUAUUUAAAAAAUUAAAAAUUGAGUUGGACUGUUCCAAAAGCCAGUGUCAACCUCUCCCUGACAGCUCCACUUUAUGUAUGCUUAUUAAUCUGUCACACCUAUCAGUGGCUCGUGGUCACUUAAAGCCUAUGUCUGUACCUUACUACAGAGGCAGAGCAUCGUUCAGUCCUGCUAGCUGCCUUUCUUGGCAGCAUUUCAGGGAUGACUGACUCUGCUUUCUCUGCAGCGAGACAGCUCAUAACCAUUUAUCAGUCUUUCUUGACCUGGUGCUCCGAUAUCAUCAGCUAUGCUAGGAAAAGCUUGACUUACAUUAAAAACAUCUUGAUGUCUAAAUACUAUGAAAUUUGGUGUUAUAUUGAGUCACACAAAUUUAGUCAGAAAUGUAAAGAAUUAUAAAUGCUGCAAAGUAUCGUUCUUAGUCAUGAAUGGCUUUCACUGGAAUACGUCCACUCUGUAUAUACAAAGGCCCAUUUUAAGGAACAGUAGUUCCUGUGUUCCACUGGUACAUUGUCUUAUCUAAUGUAAGUUUAUCAUGUUAAAAGUCUAACUGAUCAUUCAAACGAGCAUUUUUUCAAAGACAGAAAAAAGAUAAAAAGUUGUUUGUAAUGAUAGACUACCCUUCUGACAGGACUGUGUUAUUUCUUUCUGUACUCCAGUUUAAUUUAAUGUUUAACGUUAAUGUUUAACUUAUGUGCCAUGGUUAAAGAAAAAGUUUUCAAAUCAAAAUUAUGUGGUGCUACAAGAAAAAGCUUUUGAGAAUCUCAUAUGAUUACAGCACGUGCAAUCUCACCUGUUAUUUGGAAAGAUAAUGCUGGGAAAGUCAUUUUAGUCAUUGCCUACCUCAAUGCAGGAAGUAAAAACAGUCUCUCCAGAGGUGGAUGAAGAUCUCUCCCACGUUUCACCAGAUAUUACUGAGUAUCAGAAGCGUGCCAUCUCAUCUAACCUCACUGGUACCUGUCCUAGCCUGUGCAACACGGGCUUCCUCCUGUCUGUAGAGUUGGAGUGAUAACUAAUGCUUGCUUCACCUUUGCAUCAUCCUCUUAUCACAAAAAUGAGUGACUUUAUGUCUCAUUUUUGUAAACAUAAACUGAACACAAAAAUGAGUCAAUUUGUGUUUGUUCAGUCUUUUCUUUGUUGUAACUGUGCUUCUUGGCAAUAAAUGUCAUACUGCUGGAAA